AACAGUCCGAGCAGCUUUCAGAAUGACAGUCUGCAGAAGUGAGCUGAGCGUGUGCGCGGUACGAGGCUCUCCUGUCUUCUGGGCUCCAACGCAGCGCUGUGGCUGAACUGGGUGCUCACCACAGGAACAGCUGGGCUAUGGAAUACACAUGUGGCCGCUCAGGUAGCCCCACGUUGCCUGAAGGAAUACAUCAUGCUUUCUGAUAAGAAGAAAUUAUAGAAGACAGUUUUUUUUAAGCCCUCAUCUCCACCCCCCCUCAAAAAAACCUGUAAAGAUGCAAAAACGUAAUAUCCACGAAGAUCCUAUUACCUAGGAAGAUUUUGAUAUUUUGCUACAAAUGCGGUAUUGGGAUUUAUUUGUUCUUGGAGUGUUCUGCGUGGCUGGCAAAGAAUAAUGUUCCAAAACCGGUCCAUCUCCCAAGGGGUCCAAUUUUUCUUCCUGGGUGUCAGUGAGCCCUGACUCACUACAGUGCAGCUGACAGGGGCUGUCAUGCAAGUGGCCCCCUAAGCCAAAGCAAAAGACUUAAGGACGACCUUUGAACAAUACAAAGGAUGGGUUUCAAUGUAAUUAGGCUACUGAGCGGAUCAGCUGUAGCACUGGUUAUAGCCCCCACUGUCUUACUGACAAUGCUGUCUUCUGCUGAACGAGGAUGCCCUAAGGGCUGUAGGUGUGAAGGCAAAAUGGUUUAUUGUGAAUCUCAGAAAUUACAGGAGAUACCCUCAAGUAUAUCUGCUGGUUGCUUAGGCUUAUCCCUUCGCUAUAACAGCCUUCAAAAACUUAAGUAUAAUCAAUUUAAAGGGCUCAACCAGCUCACCUGGCUGUAUCUUGACCAUAACCAUAUCAGCAAUAUUGAUGAAAAUGCUUUUAAUGGAAUACGCAGACUCAAAGAGUUGAUUCUGAGUUCCAAUAGAAUCUCCUAUUUUCUUAACAAUACCUUCAGACCUGUAACAAAUUUACGGAACUUGGAUCUGUCCUAUAAUCAGCUGCAUUCUCUGGGUUCUGAACAGUUUCGGGGCUUGCGGAAGCUGCUGAGUUUACAUUUACGGUCCAACUCCCUGAGAACCAUCCCUGUACGAAUAUUUCAAGACUGCCGCAACCUGGAACUUUUGGACCUGGGAUAUAACAGGAUCCGAAGUUUAGCCAGGAAUGUUUUUGCUGGCAUGAUCAGACUCAAAGAACUUCAUCUGGAGCACAAUCAAUUUUCCAAGCUCAACCUGGCCCUUUUUCCAAGGUUGGUGAGCCUUCAGAACCUUUAUUUGCAGUGGAAUAAAAUCAGUGUCAUAGGACAGACCAUGUCCUGGACCUGGAGUUCAUUACAAAGGCUUGACUUAUCAGGCAAUGAGAUCGAGGCUUUCAGUGGACCCAGUGUUUUCCAGUGUGUCCCGAAUCUGCAGCGCCUCAACCUGGAUUCUAACAAGCUCACAUUUAUUGGUCAAGAGAUUCUGGAUUCUUGGAUAUCCCUCAAUGACAUCAGUCUUGCUGGGAAUAUAUGGGAAUGCAGCAGAAAUAUUUGUUCCCUGGUAAACUGGCUGAAAAGUUUUAAAGGUCUGAGGGAGAAUACAAUUAUCUGUGCCAGUCCCAAAGAACUACAAGGAGUAAACGUGAUUGAUGCAGUGAAGAACUACAGCAUCUGUGGCAAAAGUACCACGGAGAGGUUGGAUCUGGCCAGGGCUCUCCCAAAGCCAACAUUUAAGCCCAAGCUCCCCAGGCCGAAACAUGAGAGCAAACCUCCUCUCCCCCCCACGGUGGGAGCGACGGAGCCAGGCCCAGAGAGCGAUGCCGACACGGAGCAUAUCUCUUUCCAUAAAAUCAUCGCAGGCAGCGUGGCCCUUUUCCUGUCCGUGCUCGUCAUCCUGCUUGUUAUCUACGUGUCAUGGAAGCGGUACCCUGCGAGCAUGAAGCAGCUGCAGCAGCGCUCCCUCAUGCGAAGGCACAGGAAAAAGAAAAGACAGUCACUAAAGCAAAUGACUCCCAGCACCCAGGAAUUUUACGUAGAUUAUAAACCCACCAACACGGAGACCAGCGAGAUGCUGCUGAAUGGGACAGGACCCUGCACCUAUAACAAAUCAGGCUCCAGGGAGUGUGAGAUACCUUUAUCAAUGAAUGUCUCAACCUUUCUGGCAUACGACCAGCCCACAAUAAGUUACUGUGGGGUACAUCAUGAACUUCUCUCUCAUAAGUCUUUUGAAACGAACGCACAGGAAGAUACGAUGGAAACACAUCUAGAGACUGAGCUGGACCUGAGCACAAUCACAACAGCUGGCCGAAUCAGUGACCAUAAACAGCAGCUGGCCUAACUGAGCUAAUUGGUAGCCAAGAGCUGCUACCAAACUUUGUAACCUCAAGGACAAAAUGAGGAAUCUUUGUUCAUUGUGGACUCUUAAAAAGGGAAACAAAACAAAACCCCCCUGUUCAAAUAAACAAAAAUCCAAGGUUGAUUCAUGAAAUAAAGAAGACAUGAAUUGUUUCAAGUCUACACUUUGUAAUUAGCUAAGUUGUGCAGUAUUUUUUGACUUAAAUACAGUACGACCUGAAAAAAAGAAAAUCUUUUUUUCAAAAUUCAUUCUACCUACCUGUAAAAACUGUACAGAGCUAAUGUAUUUUUCAUAUUGUAAAAUUUCAAUUAUAGAAACAAUUGGUAUGUACAGUACCAUAAUUUAAUUACAUUUUACUUUACAAACUUUACACCUUUCAGUUUCUAAAAUUUUAAAUUAACAACAAUUAUUUCUUGUGUUAUUCAGAGUUACUCAGUUUUGUAGGGACUGUUUUGUUAUUGCUUUUGUGCCCAGAAACCUUGACUCUAAAAUUCUGUGCUGUGCAAAACAUGCACGAUUUUUAUCAUGCUUACUGCGUAGAAUUUUACCUACUUGUUCCAGAAAUAAUACAUUAACCAAAAAAGGAUUUAAUUGUUCAGACUUGUAAGAGGUUCUUCAAUUACAUAGACAGGUUUUUCUUACAAAUGAAAAAAAAAAAAUCAAAGGCUCCUUUUUUUUAACAGUUCUUCUCAGACUUAACUGUUGCCUUGAAUUACAGCCUGGUUUCUAAGCAGUGAAAUGUAAUGAUAAAAAGGGAUAUUUUAACAACAUAUUUCCGAAUGAAUGACUCAUUAUUUCAUUCUUUUGAAUAAAUCAUUGUUAAGGGUUGUGGGGAAGCAUGGACAAAACAUCACUGGAAACAAAGGCCGUAACCACAGCAACAGACUUUGAUACACUCAAAAGGUGCAGCUGCCAGUGACAAUAAAAAAAAAAUUUGGUUAUAUCUCAUUAUUUUCAAUCUAAGGUGGGAGGACAGUGCAUAAUAAUUGUACAGGAACAAUUUUUUGUCCUAAUUAACCCAAAGUGGCUCACCUAAAAAUAACCAUCAGUGCAAAAUGUGCCUGAUUCUUAAGACAUUUAGAACUAGGAGACUAUAUUCUGGGAACAACUCAGAGGAAAUACUUAAUUUUUUUCACAUUGUAUGCUACAUCAAUUCUCUUCUGAGGGCAAAUUUUUAAACAUUUACAGCUCAUUCCAAUAUAGAUAUGAGCCAUGGUGGAGAACUUUACCACUCAAGUAGAAUAUAAACAUCCUAAAUAUGUUCUAAAGUGAUUAUUUGUUUUCCAUAAUGGAAUUUACAUCCAAUUUAUCUGAAAAAUAAUUCAAAAUAAUUUGACGCCAACCUAAAUCAUACACUGACUGUGUCACCGCAUUAUGGUUCAUUAAAAUCAAACUAAGAGAAUAUACUUUCCAUAGGGUAAAAUAAUGAACUUAUUUUUGUCAUUUGCUUGACACAGGUUAUUGCUUGAAAAUAUUGUUACUUUAUGGUAUUUACACAUUGUUUUAAAUUUGGGUUUUUAAAUAUAAACUAUAAGUUUCACUGUCACAGAAGAAGAAGCACUUUUUUAUAUUGUCAUUUUAUAUUUAUGAUGUCAGAAACAGGUUGGGAAUAUGUCAAGUCUAACAGGAGUCAACAUAUUUAAAAAAAAUAAGGCAAUGAAUUAAUGGAAAGCACUGUCAAACCUUUAAUUUCUUAUUUCCUCUAAAGAUAUCAAAACUAUAGUUUUAUGUUGACUAUCAGAGCAAAUUAAAAAGCAGCUUGAAAAAGAAUGGACUUUUAAAACUGUAGAUAAAAUUUUUGUUGAAUACAUACAUAAUAAAAAAGGUAAAAAGAUGGGAAAUGUUGAAAGAAGCAAAUUACAACUAAUUGAAAAUAAUUGUCAAACAUAGUACUUGCAUCAAAUACUUAGCAAACCAUAUUGCAUAA